ACUUCUAGUUAGGUAAUAUGUAGAGUUUCUAGCCAAACGAUGAAUGAUUGUUAUCCAAUAAGUGCCUCCCGGAACACGGCAAACCCUCACCAUAACGGUUUUAUAACAAUGAUUCAUAAAAUGGUCGAUUUUAUUGUCAUCCUAAAUCAUUUUAUUGAGACGAAUGAUUUGAACCGGAUCGCGACGCGUCAAGGCGUAAAAUCGGUGUAGAAAGUGAUCACUUUUCUUUCUACUUUAAAAGAGGCGGUGCGACCUCUUGCCCGCCAUUGCUGCCUCGAUUAAGAGCGAUAAUAUGGAUUGCUACACCUUGAUUAGCCUUGCUUGUACGUUCAUGCUCGUAUCAGGAUGGUCUUUUCCAUUCUAUCCAGUACAUCGAGUACCUCAAGCACGAGUCACCAGAUUUGCAGCAUUACCUCACCCUCAUAGAUUACCCAUUAGACAACAGCAAAUAAGGCAACAAGUAAACCCAAAACCUGUACCACUCAAUCAUGAUUAUGAAUAUUACGACGACGAAGACGAUCACAACCAUGAAAAUUAUCAUAAUCACAAAAAUGGUCAUAAUCACAAAAAUGAUCAUAAUCACAAAAAUGAUCAUAAUCACAAAAAUGAUCAUAAUCAUAAAAAUGAUCACAAUCACAAAAAUGAUCAUAAUCAUAAAAAUGAUCACGAUCACAAAAAUGAUGACGAAGAUACCGGUGCUGUUAUAGGACCCGUCCACACUUUUGUUAAAACAGACAAGAAUGCCAACUAUAAGUGGGGAGUGAGACAUCACAUAGGAAAUAAUCGCAAAUCAUAGCGAAGCAUUUCAAAUUUUUGUUUUAUAAUUUAUUUGAAUUUAGUUAUAGAUUUUUGUCUUGUAUUUUUACUAAAUUGAGGUACCACGGGUUUUGUAGUUCCUAUUUUAUUAUAAGCUUAAAAUUGAUUACUUAUAUAGUUUUUGUAU